AACAUGUUUACAACGCUCUACAGCGAGGAUACGGAAUACUCGGCGGAUUCCGUGGAGUGGCUGACACAGGAUGAUGAGACAUCAGGCUUCUUCGCCUGCGGCACCUAUCAAUUGGUACAGGAAGAGGGGGAGCCAGCGGCGGAGGCUUCACCCAAGCGUCCACGCAAGGGUCGCGUUUAUUUGUACCAUUUCGAAGAGGCAAACGGCUGCCUGGAGCGGCUGCAGUGCAUCGAAACGUCUGCCAUUCUGGACAUGAAGUGGCUGCCUGCCUGGAACAAUGAAUGUAAUCCCCACCUGGCCACGGUUAACUCAUUGGGACAGCUGGAAAUCUACGAGUUCCUCAGCGAUGAGAAGAAACUGCAGAGGCGCACGUGUUUCUGCCUGGCGGAGGAGCAGGAAUCGCAGGAGGAAGCGCCGUUGGCGCUGGCCCUAGACUGGCGACACGACGGACAGCACAUCCAACUGGCCAUUUCCGAUUCCAAAGGCGGCCUGAGCCUAUUGAACUACUCGCCACAGGGUGAGAUAAUCCGCGAGCGGUCUUGGCUGUCCCACGGCUUUGAGGCGUGGACCUGCGCCUUCGAUCGCUGGUCACCGCACCUUCUGUACAGCGGUGGCGACGAUAUGCUGCUCAUGGCCCACGAUUUACGCACCGAACAGCGUGCGUGGACCAACCGGGCGCACAUGGCUGGAGUCACCUGUCUGCUAAGUCAUCCGCGGCACAAGAACCAUCUGCUCACGGGAAGCUAUGAUGAGCAGCUGCGUCUCUUCGACACCCGAUCGAUGAAGCGAACUCUGGCCCAACUGGACUUGAGCGGUGGCAUCUGGCGACUGAAGCCGCAUCCCGCUCAGCCCGAUCUCAUCCUGGCCGCCUGCAUGUACACCAACUUUAGCGUGGUGGAGCUGGAUGUCGCGGCACCUGGCCUGAGUUUACUGGGCGCCUAUGAGGAACACGAGAGCAUCUGUUACGGCGCUGAUUGGGCUCCGUUCCGGAACAAGGACGAUGCGUCCUUGACCAUGGCCACUUGCUCAUUUUACGAUCACAAGUUGUGCGUAAGUCGCGUGGAGAUUAGCAAAUAAAUUCCGACAUUGUAGGCAGUAAA